AUGAAGUUCAAUCUUACACAGCCAUUGCCUACCAAUGAAAUUGUCGACAAUCAAAUAUAUACAUAUCCAACAUUGAGUCAUAUUCUGGAUACACCAGUCAUCAAACGAUCAAAAUCAUGCAACAAGAUUUCUACAAACUCCUUGUCUGCAUUCUUUAGAACACGUUCCACCAGAAGAAAGGGAAGACAUCCAUUAUCUAGACCAAAUAGUCCAACCCCAACUCCUAUCCCUUCACGUCUUCCAUCAGUCUCAUCGUCAUUGAAAUUUCCUCAAGAAGAAGAGUUUUCAUUCUAUUCUACCUGUUCUGAGUUGGAAAGUUUACCUAGUUUGACUGAUGAUGAAGAUGGUGAUGAGGAUGAGGAUUAUAGUCCACUCACGACGCCUGAACAGCAACGUGUUUUUCAUUAUCCUUGUCCUGCUCCAGUUUCAAAAGUGAAUUUAUUGAAUAAAUUACAAGCUGAACAGACGAAGAUUAGUAUCUUUGAAAUCCCGGAAAUUGUAAAUAAGAUACUAAACUAUGUUGAUUUACAAUACACUGAUUUACCUCAAGAGGUGCCACCAGUUAGAAGAAGACCAUUGAGUUACAAUCAUGCAAUGUUAAUUCAUGGUACCAAAGAAAUGGCCGAAAAAUCACUUUUGCAACCACAAAAUCAGGUAAUAGCACACAAAAAUCCAUUAUUUAAUUGCUUGCUGGUUAAUAAGUUAUUUCAUAAAAUCAGUAAGGAAAUAAUAUCCCACAAAUGUUACUUUGAUUCAGAAGAUAAAUUCAAAAGAUAUUUACAAGUCAUCAAUUCACCAAAUACGAUCAAAUUUCGACCUAAAGUAUUCAUCCUUCAUAAACUUUUCCAAACUAGACAGAGCUAUCUUGAUGCCUUCGUGAAACAUACCAAUUUCGAAAAAUUAGAAUGGCUUGAAAUCUAUAUGUGUCCCAAGCUCUUCCCUUGUUCAAAGAUCAUAUCUCAAUCAGGUCCAAACUUGAAAAAAUUGGUAAUCACUGGUUCUAAAUCGAUGGACGAUGAUGCAUUAAUUGCAAUUGCCAAAAGAUGUCCUAAUCUUUCAACAUUAGAUCUCCGUGCUUGUGAACAAAUCUCGAAUUUUGGUGUAUAUCAAUUAUCUAAACAUUGUCAUAAUUUAUGUCUGAUAAAUUUCGGUCGCAAAAAUCGAGGCUAUUUCAUUACUGAUUCCUCAAUUGUUUCAUUAAUUAGAUCAAACCCAAAUUUACAUACUAUUGGAUUGGCAGGUACCGAUAUUUCUGAUAGGCUGAUUUGGGAAAUUGCAAAUUCUUGUCGUUGGUUAGAAAGACUUUCAUUGAAUAAUUGUCCGAGAUUAACGGAUAUGGGUAUGCCGGUCAUUAUCUCAAAUCCGAAAUAUUUCCCUCGAUUAUCGGUGUUAGAACUUAGAUUUAGUAAUAUCACUAAUUGGAAACCAAUAAUUGAGUUUAAGAGAAGACAAGAAGCUAAGGGAUUAAUUAUGAUUAUUGAAUUAUGCGAGAAAUUAAUGUUGCGUAUUAGACAACAAGAAUUAGAAAUGGAUAAGAUGAUAUCUCAACGGAUUUUCAAGGAUAUUUUGGAAUGGGUUAAUAAUGAUGAAGAUGAUGGAGAUAUAAGCUUUCAUGAAUUGAUGAAACAAAGGGCAACCAAUGCUAUGAUGUAA